AUGGUUGCCAGGUUCUCCGGCUGCCCCGAGAAUCAGUUCCCUGACAUCAACGUCACUGUCCAGGGAAUUGGCUUCCACGAUGAUGUCCUGCCAGCAGCAGAGCUUUUGAAAUUGCAAGAGCAGCUAGCUGGGCAUCCAGAUUGGAGCAUCGGCAAGCCUUGGGUCUUGAGCCUAACAGCGGAAUCCCGCGACGUCAAGGACCGGGAGUUCGGCUUCGCCGGUGGGGAAGGUUUCCUCGUCUUCAAAGUGCCCAAGGCCAGUGUUGGCACCGAGAUUGUGGUGUCCAGCCGUGUGGAGAGCCUGGCGGAGCGCGCCCGUUUGGAGUACCGCGGGAGUGAUCCCAUCACGGUGCCCCAGGCGGUGAAACUCACCAAGAUUUGCCUUAGACCGAUGACCUGUGAACAUUUCUUCACCAAGAAUCCCACGAUGUGCAAAGAUGACCUAUGGAAGCGAAAACUGCAUCCGGAGUCGGUCACCGGGCACACCAGGAAUAGCUGCUGCGAAAAAAUCCGUUGCGCAGAUGCCGAACCAUGCGCUCCCGCGACGAAGUAUGAGAAGAGGCCAGACUAUAGCGAAGUCUUUGGUAGUAAGCCGGACCAGUGCUGUUUGCCCAAGUUGUGUCAGAGCAGCAUUUGCAACAGCAGCCAAUGGGACGCCAAGCCCGGCAACGUCCUGAGCAGCACCAAGGAGGAGUGCUGCAGCCCCAAGGAUUGCGAUGACUACACCUGUAGCGGCAAGUUUGCCAAGAAACAGAAGAGGCUGGAUGAGGAAGGACGUCCAAUGUUACAGCAGGGGAGCACCGAUGAAGAAUGCUGUGAGCCCAUGUCUUGUAAGCACGUGAAAUGUGACGCCACAGAUCAGUGGGUCAAGAAUGAAAGUGCUACCGUGGGCAGCAGCCUAGAGGACUGCUGCACCCCGUUGUACUGCGCCAAGCACAGCUGCGAGCCGUCCACGCAGUGGGAAAAGGAUCCAAAAGCAGUGCUGGGGAGCAGCAAUCCUUCCUGUUGCAAGCCCAAACUCUGCAAAGACUUCACGUGCGAAGACGGGUUCGCCCUGAGGGCUGGCGCGGUGAUGAAUCAGAAACUUCUGCAAGGUAGCACCUUAGAGGAGUGUUGUGAGAAGAAACUCUGCAGAAACUGGAAAUGCAGUGAUCCAACCAAAUGGGUCCAGAAAGCCGAUGAAACGCAUCGAGAACUCGAGCGACAUGGUUGGAGUGACGAGGAGUGUUGUACACCAAUCUCCUGCAGCAGUGUGGACUGUGUCCCAGAGUCCUUGUGGAGUCCCAAAUCGGCGGAAGAACUGGAAGGUGUUCAGGGUAGCACCAGUGCACAGUGUUGCAACCCUCGAUGGUGCAAGGAUUAUACGUGCACUGGUGAUAUUCCGAAGAUGAACAUCUCCAGCAGCAAGUGGUUCAAAAAGGUGGAUACCAACCAUUUCAAAUUCCGUGGGAGCACGGAUGAGGAGUGCUGCCAUCCCAAGUAUUGCAGUGAGUUUUUCACAGCUUAUCCUAGCAAGUACGAGCGGAAACCUGAAGAUCAAGAGAAGCCAAGGCAGGGAAAUACGGAAGCUGAGUGCUAUAAUGAGUUGAAGUGCAGCGACUACUGCUGCGUCAAUGACAAGUUGACCCUGAAGGAGGAUGCUGCAGAAAUUCUUGGCAGCACGGAUGAAGAAUGCUGUGAAGCCGCCAAACGCCAGCGUUGA